AUGCAAAUGUCGCUGAACAUAAGAGCGCCUCUAUUUGCUGGCUACCCCUUUCAAGGCCAGGGAAGAGUUAAUCAAUUGGGGGGCGUAUUCAUCAACGGUCGUCCCCUUCCUAACCACAUACGGCUCAAGAUUGUGGAGUUGGCGGCGGCCGGUGUCAGGCCUUGUGUCAUAAGCCGACAGUUGAGAGUAUCUCACGGAUGUGUCUCCAAAAUCCUCAACAGAUAUCAAGAGACGGGAUCGAUAAGGCCGGGAGUGAUCGGCGGUUCAAAGCCUCGAGUGGCCACUCCGGACGUGGAGCGACGAAUCGAGGAAUACCGGCGCGAAAAUCCGGGAAUAUUUUCGUGGGAAAUAAGAGACCGACUCAUCAAAGAGGGCCUUUGCGACCGAACCACCGCUCCGUCGGUCUCAUCCAUUAGUCGGCUAUUGCGCGGACCCAACGGCUCAGUGACAGGCAGUGGCGGCGCCAAAGAGAGUGAAAGUGUGGGCAAAGGAGGACAUCAUCACAAACAUACAAUUGACGGCAUCCUCGGUGGAGACAAAUGCAAUAAUGACUCGGAAGAAUCGGGCGAUUCGGACAGCGAUGCCGAGCCGGGGCUCACAUUGAAACGCAAACAGAGGAGAUCCCGGACCACAUUCACGGCCCACCAGUUGGAUGAGUUGGAAAAGGCUUUCGAGAGGACUCAAUACCCAGAUAUAUAUACUCGCGAAGAGUUAGCCCAACGAACCAAACUAACGGAGGCCAGGGUUCAGGUUUGGUUCAGCAAUCGUAGGGCCCGUUGGAGGAAACAGAUGGGAAGUCAGCAGUUGAAUGGCUUUUCUGCGGCAUUGGCCACAUUGCCUGCAAUGCACGCGUACUCCUCGUCCGCAACCAAUCCUUACUUGACAUUUGCAGCGGCGGCUCAGGUCGAUGCCAACCACUACACCAACACAUCCCAAGAGUGUUCAAAUUUACACCACUCGGGACCAGCUCUUCACCAUCAAAGUGAUACCACGAGUCGGUCGGCACCUUAUCUCUCAACGGAUCCCAAUUAUGCCGUUUCUGUAUCAUCAGCAGCACAGGUGCUGAAUAUGUUGAACGGAGGGAUGAGUGGCUGCGCCGGCAAUGUGAACGACUACCCGAUGAGCGGUGGUAACGGUGCCGCAAACGGUAUGACCGCCGCGAGUAUCACCGAAAGAGACAACACGGCAUCAAAUUGGAUGUCAAACCACACGCACUCGCAUUCAAACAAUAAUAAGCUAAACAACAGCAAUACGACAGGUGCUCAUUGGGGACACUCAACCAGUCCUACGUGUAUGCCUAACGUGUUGGACUCGGGAUCUUUUGGUGGUAAUAGUGGACACAUGUCGUCGAUAGGGGCGACCAACAGUUCGGAUCCGUUUGGUUUUGUGUCGGCACACCCGCCCGACCUCAAGCCUCCCUUCUAUUACACGUCUCAGUUCGGCUCCGGGAUCCGUGGGUUAGCUCUCUAG